AUGGUUUCGCCUAAUCGUAUCUACCCGGGGAGGCAGUCCAAUUACGGUGCUGAUCAAAAUCGGCUUAAUCCCCGAGCUGUCACUGCCAAGAACUUGCUGGUCGGUCAAGAUACGAUGGUGUUUCCGCUGCUUGAUCUGGUAAUGAAGCCAUCGCAAAUGGCAGAAAAAGAGAACACCCCUAUUGAUGCUAUCACUUAUGAACGGGAUGAUGGCCGAGAUUCUGCGGCUUCUCAUAGCCCCAGUCACAGUCCGAUUGGUCCUGGUCACGGAAUCACCUCUCCAGUGGAUCAACCACCCAACUCUGGGACGAACCUAGAAGCCAAGUACCAACAGGAUGCGCUUCCUGAUGGAGGAUAUGGAUGGGUCUGCGUGGCGUGCGUGUUCUGGAUCAAUGCUCAUACCUGGGGGAUCAACAGUGUUUCUACAUAUCUCAUCCACGUCUAUGGCACCCGGCUGGUCCUGAACAUGGGCGUCUUCUUCGAGACUCUCUCCCUCAUCGGAUCCUCCUUUGCCACACAACGAUGGCAUAUUUUCCUCAGCCAAGGCGUCUGCUUCGGAUGGGGGAUGGGUUUUCUAUUCGUCGGCAGUGUAGGCAUCACUCCCCAAUGGUUCCAGCGACGACGAAGUCUCGCCAUGGGAAUCAACGCUGCCGGGUCCGGUCUGGGAGGGUUAAUCUACUCGCUCGCUGUGGGCGCCAUGAUCCCUCGAUUAGGUCUGAGCUGGACCUUUCGCACCCUUGGCAUCAUCGCCUGCGUGGUCAACCUUGUGGGAGCCAAUCUGCUGAGAGACCGUAACCAGGACGUCGGAAGUCGUCAUCGAGCCUUUCAUCUCCCGUUGCUACAACGGCCCGAGUUCGUCCUGUUUCUCGGCUGGGGUAUCCUCAGCAUGUUGGGCUACGUGGCAGUGUUGUUCAGCGUCGCGAAUUUCGCACUGUCUGUCGGUCUGUCCUCGCAUCAAGGAAGUAUCGUCAGUGCCCUGCUCAACAUGGGCCAGGGUCUGGGUCGCCCCUUCGUGGGCAUGUUCAGCGAUAAACUCGGCCGUAUCAAUGUCGCUACCUUUCUGUCCUUUCUCUGUGGUUUGUUCUGUCUGGUGAUUUGGAUCUUCGCCCACAGUAUGGGUCUGGUGUGUUUCUUCGCUGUUCUUGUCGGCACCGUCGCCGGGACUUACUGGGCUACUGUCACUCCGGUGUUGGCUGAGAUCAUGGGCUUGAGAGACCUUCCUAGUGGUCUCAGUAUCAACUGGAUCGUCUUGGUGGCACCGACUACUGUCUCUGAGGCCAUUGCGCUUCUCCUAAGGGAUAACGAUAACCCCUAUCUGAAGGUGCAGAUCUUCACUGGCAUUAUGUACAUCGGUGCAGCGGCGUGUCUCUGGAUCGUGAGGGGGUGGAAAGUCGGCGAGUUGAUUCGGGCUCAACAGGAGAAAUCCACUGCACCGAUGGUAGUCGACAAGGGAGAAAACUCUCAUCCUGUUGCUGCAUCGUCAAGCCCGCUGUCUGUGGUGCAGCCCUGGUCUCCGCCUGUUUUGCUGCGUGGAAUGGUGGCUUUAAGCAAGGUAUGA